GAAGAGAAAAAAAAGACCCUAUUUCUGUUUCUGGGGCUUUCUUUUAUCUCUGCCUUCCUCCAUCCCACAGUCCCUCGCUUUUCUCGCACCUCCUCUCACUUCCCUUCGCUCUACCAUGGCCACCAGCUAAUCUUGGGCUACCGCUGGCCGUCUAUGUUUAUUCCUUUUUCCAUCUUCUUCUAUCACCAACUGUUUCAAUUUACAGGAUCCUUCUAACUUUCAGAUUUGUCCGGGGCAGAGUUUUUGGAGGGAAAAAAACAAGAUUGGUUUUUUCUUCUUUUUAAUGUCAGAGUGGUAGAAGUUGAAGAAGUUGCAAUGUACGCGAGAAGAAUAAAGUGUAGAAAUCAGAGAUGGGAUUUAGUAUUUCGGCCAUCCAAAUAUUUAAGCAGGCCAGGUGGUCUGGAUGGUGGUUAUCAUCAAUAUUUGAAUUGUAAAAGUUUUUCUCGGAGUAGGUUUGUACGUGAUAAUUCAAUUACAAGACAUCUUUUAGCUUCCUUGGGGGCAGGAGGUAGCUACUUAAAUUGUCAGGCUAACUUGGAUCGGACUUCAAAUUCAUUUUUAAGAAGUGCUCAGCUACGUCGGUAUAGUUCAGAUGGUGAUGGAAGGAAUGCUAGUGAGGGUAAGCACAUACCCGUAAAGGAUGCAGCAAAUUUUGAAAAGGGAAAGGAUAGGGAAGAAGUAAUCAGGGAAGAUGCGAAACAUACGGAUCCUCAUGCUGAACUUGGAGUACAAGAUCAAAAGGAAUGGCUUAAGAAUGAGAAGCUUGCAAUGGAGAGUAAAAAGCGAGAAUCUCCAUUCAUCACUAGAUAUGAAAGGUUUAAAAACGAGUUCUUACGAAGGAUUGUUCCUUGGGAGAAAAUCUCUGUUUCGUGGGAUACCUUUCCAUAUUACUUAAAUGAACACUCAAAAAAUUUAUUGGUGGAAUGUGCUGCUUCCCAUUUGAAGCACAAAAAUUUCACUUCCUUAUAUGGUGCUCGUUUGACUUCCUCAAGUGGCAGAAUUCUACUUCAAAGCAUUCCAGGCACUGAGCUCUAUCGCGAGAGGUUAGUCAAAGCACUUGCCCGAGAUCUAAAAGUUCCUUUACUGGUGCUAGACAGCAGUGUUCUUGCUCCUUAUGACUUUGGUGAUGAUUGCUCCUCAGAGUGUGACUCAGAUGAUGAAGCAGAAUCUGGUGAGGAUUGUGCAUCAGACUCAGAGGAUGAGAAUGAAAACAGUGCGAUUAACGAGGAGUGGACAAGCGGUGGGGAGUCAAAAUCAGAUUGUAGUGAGAGUGAUGAAGUUGAUGUUGAGGCAACUGCAGAAGCAGCCCUUAAAAAACUUCUUCCAUGCAGCAUUGAAGAGUUUGAGAAAAGAGUGAAUGGAGUAUCUGACGGUUCUUCUGAGUCAUCAUCACAAUCCGAGCCUAGUGAAACUUCUGUUAAGUCAAACAGACCGCUAAGGAAAGGUGAUCGAGUGAAGUAUGUAGGCCCUUCUAUACAUGUUGAAGCUGAUAAGAGGAUCACAUUGGGGAAGAUUUCAACAUCUGAAGGUCCAAAAAGUGCUUAUACCAUUAUUCGUGGCAGGCCUUUAUCAAAUGGUCAACGUGGGGAAGUCUAUGAGGUUGAUGGAGAUCGAGUUGCCGUAAUUUUGGAUGUCAAUGAUGUAAAAACAGAUGGAAACAAAGAUGAAAAAUCCUCAGAGUCUCCACCAAAACCUCCAAUCUAUUGGAUACAUGCUAAGGACAUCGAGCAUGAUCUUGAUACACAGUCUGAUGAUUGCAUUAUUGCAAUGGAGGUUCUAUCUGAGGUGGUUAAGUCGAUGCAACCUAUUAUUGUCUAUUUUCCAGACUCUUCUCAAUGGUUGUCUCGGGCGGUUCCCAAGGCCAACCGUAGAGAAUAUGUUCAGAAGAUGGAGGAAAUCUUUGACAAAAUAUCCGGCCCUGUGGUUUUGAUCUGUGGGCAGAAUAAAAUUGAAUCAGGCUCAAAGGAGAAAGAAAAAUUUACUAUGAUACUUCCAAACGUUGCACGCAUUGCCAAGUUGCCUCUAUCAUUGAAGCGUCUUACUGAGGGGCUUAAGGCAACAAAGAGAUCCGAAGACAACGAAAUAUAUAAGCUCUUCACUAAUAUUUUGUGUCUGCAUCCUCCCAAGGAAGAAGAAGUCCUCAGAGCUUUCAGUAAACAACUCGAAGAGGACAGAAGAAUUGUGAUUUCUCGGAGUAAUUUAAAUGAAUUACAUAAGGUUCUCGAGGAAAAUGAGCUGUCAUGCUUGGAACUGUUGCAUGUAAUUACUGAUGGAGUUAUAUUAACCAAGAAGAAUGCUGAAAAGGUUGUUGGCUGGGCUAAAAAUCAUUACUUAUCGUCAUGCCUGCGUCCAAGCAUAAAAGGGGAUUGCUUACAGCUGCCACGUGAAAGCCUCGAGAUUGCAAUUGCAAGAUUAAAGGAUCAAGAAACUUCUCGGAAACCCUCUCAAAGUUUGAAGAACCUUGCAAAGGAUGAGUACGAGAGCAACUUUGUUUCAGCUGUGGUACCUUCUGGUGAGAUUGGUGUGAAGUUUGAAGAUAUAGGUGCCCUUGAAGAUGUGAAAAAAGCACUUAAUGAACUAGUAAUUCUUCCAAUGAGAAGGCCCGAGCUUUUCUCUCGUGGGAACUUGUUGCGACCUUGUAAAGGCAUAUUACUUUUCGGGCCUCCUGGUACUGGGAAAACACUUCUUGCCAAGGCACUCGCUACUGAAGCAGGAGCAAACUUCAUCAGUAUAACCGGAUCAACACUUACAUCUAAGUGGUUUGGUGAUGCUGAAAAGCUUACAAAGGCCCUCUUCUCCUUUGCCAGUAAACUAGCUCCUGUCAUUAUUUUUGUUGAUGAGGUUGACAGUUUACUUGGUGCCCGUGGUGGUGCUUUUGAGCAUGAAGCUACAAGAAGAAUGAGAAAUGAGUUUAUGGCAGCAUGGGACGGGUUACGGACAAAGGACAACCAACGGAUUCUUAUCCUUGGUGCAACGAAUCGGCCAUUUGACCUGGAUGACGCCGUCAUUCGAAGACUACCUAGAAGGAUAUACGUAGACCUACCGGAUGCUGCAAACCGUAUGAAGAUUCUUAAAAUAUUUCUUGCACAAGAAAAUAUAGUACCUGAUUUCCAGUUUGAAGAACUUGCAAAUGCAACGGAGGGAUACUCUGGCAGUGAUUUAAAGAAUCUUUGUAUUGCUGCGGCGUAUAGACCCGUCCAAGAACUUUUAGAAGAAGAAAAUCAGGGAGGCCAAAAAGACAGUGCUACUCCACUGAGGCCACUUAAUUUGGAUGACUUUAUUAAAUCAAAAGCCAAGGUGGGGCCAUCGGUCGCCUUCGACGCUACGAGCAUGAAUGAAUUAAGAAAAUGGAAUGAACAGUACGGAGAAGGCGGUAGCCGGAGGAAAUCGCCCUUCGGCUUUGGAAACUAAGGUAACACAUUUGAUUGAUUAAUAAAGAAAAUAGAAGAAGAGGAAAAAAGAAACAGUCUUUUAAUUUAUUUUUCUAACGGGAACACAUUUCCCAUUCCUUUUUGAGUCCCAGUAGAGUUAGGCUUCAUCUCUUGUUGAAUGUAUUAGUUUCAAUUGUCUGUUGCCCAAGUUUUCUUCCUGUAACAUAUUAUUAUAGGAACCAUUCUUCUCAUAUUUUAAAAAGUUAUUUCUUUCUUUUCAAUAUGAUUUGUUGGGUUUUUCUUUUU